CUUUACUGUUGCGGACCCCAAGCGGAGGCAGAGAGGAGCGAGGAGAAGGAGGCGGAGGCGGCGACAGCGACGCGGGUAAACGGGGGCCGGCGCGCCACCGAGAGCGCGCCGAGCGCCUCAGCCCCCGCUCCCUCCGCGGCCUGGCCCGCAGCCCCACCAGGAGGGCUGCCUUAACACAGAUCAUGAGCAGGUAAUGCACAAGGAGUGCUAUUGGGAAUCAUGUCGGACGAGUCAAUCUCAGGGAGUGAUCCGGACGUGGACCCGGACUUGGAGCAGGAGGAUAUGGAAGAGGAGGAGGAGGAAGAGGAGGAUGAAGCAAUGGAGGAGGACAAUGAUGGGGAUGAUGAAGAGGAUUUACUUGAUGAGAAUGACCAGUCCCAUGAAGCGGUGUUUGGCAGUGAUCUUGUUCAACAUGGUGAAGAUGGGGAAUGGCAACGCUCUACUUCAACUACCUCAUCUCAGAGUGAACAGGCAGAGAAACUGUUGCAGAAUCAGCACAAGAGCCUGGCCUCUGAGGACACCAAAAAGAAGAGGGCUCAGAAACCUUCUCACAUGAGGAGGAACAUAAGGAAGCUACUGCGGGAGGACCAGUUGGAAGCUGUGACAAAGGCAGCCCAGCAGGAGGAGUUAGAAAGAAGGAAGCGACUUGAGCAGCAAAGGAAGGAGUAUCAAGCCAGCAUCCCCACAGUACCCUUAGAGUUUCUCCCAGAGGAGAUUGCUUUAAGAACUGCAGAGGUUGCUCAGCUUUCCCCUCAAGUAUUAUCUGAAGACGUCAUCUGCUUAGACAGUACCAGCAGUGGCAGUGAGGAUGACUCCAAAGGAAGACUCCAUAGCAUUAAAGAUGAAGUGAUAGAAUUAAGUUCAGGAGAAGAUGAAUCCCUUCAGAUUGUGGACAGCAGUGACUCUGGCAAUGAAGGGGAUGAAGAUGCUACUGAGGAGAGCAGUGGCGCUCACGUGAACGAUGCUCUAAACCAGUUAGAUGCUUCAGGACAAGUAAUUGUCAACAUAAACCACCCACCAAAUGAAGAAGACAUUUACCUGGCUCCUCAACUUGCACGAGCUGUAAAACCACACCAGAUUGGUGGUAUCCGCUUCCUGUAUGAUAAUCUGGUGGAAUCCUUGGAAAGAUUUAAAACCAGCAGUGGGUUUGGCUGUAUCUUAGCUCAUAGCAUGGGGCUGGGCAAGACCCUCCAGGUCAUCUCUUUUUUGGAUGUACUUUUCCGGCACAUUGAGGCAAAGACUGUCUUGGCCAUUGUACCCGUAAACACUCUUCAAAACUGGCUAGCAGAGUUCAACAUGUGGCUUCCAGCACCAGAAGCCCUUCCUGCUGACUAUGAUCCAAAAGAGAUUCAGCCUCGUACCUUCAAAGUCCAUAUCUUGAAUGAUGAACACAAGACCACAGCAGCUCGUGCCAAAGUGGUGACUGAUUGGGUGACUGAUGGUGGCGUGUUGCUGAUGGGUUAUGAGAUGUAUCGUCUCCUUUCAUUGAAGAAAUCCUUUGCCACGGGCAGAAAGAAAAAAAGCAAAAAACAGACUGGCCCUGUCAUUAUAGAUUUGGAUGAAGAGGAUCGUCAGCAGGAGCUUUUAAAAGGAAUUGAGAAAGCUUUGUCCCGCCCUGGACCAGAUGUGGUCAUCUGUGAUGAGGGACAUCGGAUAAAGAAUUGCCAUGCUAGCACCUCUCAGGCCUUGAAGAGCAUCCGAUCUCGGCGACGGGUGGUACUCACUGGCUACCCUCUGCAGAACAACCUAAUUGAGUAUUGGUGUAUGGUGGACUUUGUCCGUCCUGACUUUCUUGGUACCCGGCAGGAGUUCAGUAACAUGUUUGAGCGCCCCAUCCUGAAUGGACAGUGUAUUGAUAGCACCCCUCAGGAUGUUCGCCUCAUGAGGUAUCGCAGUCACGUCCUGCACAGCCUGCUGGAGGGCUUUGUACAAAGGCGAGGGCACAAUGUCCUGAAAGUUCAGCUUCCCUACAAGGAAGAGCAUGUCAUCUUAGUGCGCUUGUCAAAGAUCCAGCGGGCUCUUUACACUGAGUUCAUGAACCGGUUUCGUGAUGCAGGCAACAGUGGCUGGCUGGGUCUGAAUCCACUCAAGGCUUUCUGUGUCUGUUGCAAGAUCUGGAAUCACCCUGAUGUGCUAUAUGAAGCAUUACAAAAAGAAAAUUUGGCUAAUGAGCAGGACCUGGAUGUGGAUGACCUUGGCACGGCCGGUACCAAUUCACGCUGCCAGUCACAGGGGAUGAAAGUCAAAAUGGAGAACAAUGCUUUGGCAUCACCAAUUGGGGAAGCGACCAACAGCAAAUACAUUCAGGGCAUUGGCUUCAAUCCCUUUCAGGAAAGAGCCAAUCAGGUUGUAACGUAUGAGUGGGCGAAAGACAUCCUUUGCGAUUACCAGACAGGAGUUUUGCAAAAUUCCCCUAAGAUGGUGUUGCUGUUUCAUCUUGUGGACGAGAGUGUGAAACUUGGUGACAAAUUAUUAGUCUUCAGCCAAAGCCUUUCCACAUUGUCUGUCAUUGAGGAUUUCUUGGCAAAGAGACCAGUGCCUUCUCUCCCAGGCUUGGAAUCACAAGGAAUCCAUAAUUGGGUCCGAAAUGUGAAUUAUUAUCGUCUGGAUGGUAGUACUUCAGCCUCCGAGAGGGAGCGGCUGAUUAACCAGUUCAACGACCCCAGCAACACUUCAGUUUCACUCUUCCUUCUUUCCACACGAGCUGGAUGUUUGGGUGUGAAUCUGAUCGGUGCAAACAGGGUGAUAGUAUUUGAUGCCUCCUGGAAUCCAUGCCAUGAUGCCCAGGCAGUAUGCCGGGUGUAUCGUUACGGGCAGAAGAAGCCUUGCCACAUCUAUCGAUUAGUUUCCGAUUUCACACUGGAGAAGAAAAUUUAUGACCGCCAGAUCUCCAAACAAGGGAUGUCAGAUCGUGUUGUGGAUGACUUGAAUCCAGUGUUGAACUUUACCCGGAGAGAGGUGGAGAACUUGCUACACUUUGUGGAAGAGGAACCCGAAGCUGUCCAGCAUUCAUUCAGCCCAAACAAGAUCAUGGAAUCUGUCUUACAGCUGGCCUGUCUCAAAUACCCUCACCUCAUCACCAAGGAGCCUUUUGAGCAUGAGUCGCUGCUGAUUGACCGUAAAGAACACAAGCUCACCAAGGCAGAGAAGAAAGCAGCCAAGAAGAGCUACGAGGACGAGAAACGUGCAUCCGUCCCAUACACCCGUCCAUCCUACGCUCAGUAUUACCCAGCCACUGACCAGAGCCUGACAAACAUACCCGCCUUCAGUCAGAGGAACUGGCGACCAAGCCUCAAAGGUGAAGAGAGGCCGGUGGCAAGCGUACGUCCCGUUCAGUCCACCCCCAUUCCUAUGAUGCCGCGCCAUGUGCCAUUGGGCAGUAUGGGAUCAGCAUCAGUUUCCAAUCCUGGCAUCAACUUUCCCAUCAAUUACCUUCAGCGAGCUGGUGUCCUGGUACAGAAGAUUGUCACCACAACAGAUAUAGUGAUCCCAGGUACAAACACUUCCACUGACGUGCAGGCAAGGAUCAGUGCUGGAGAGAGCAUCCACAUUAUCCGUGGAACUAAAGGGACAUAUAUCCGGACCAGCGAUGGACGAAUCUUUGCUAUUCGCACCACUGGCAAGCCAAAGGGCAGUGAUGAUCAUCGCAUGGUUGCCUCGGGAUCCCAAGGGCCAUCUCUGGAAUCCACAAGCAACGGCCGACAUAAUGCCUCCUCGCCCAAGCUUCCCAACACAGAGGAGCUCACUCGGCCGAUCUCCCCCGACAGCCCCGAAAUCAUCAGUGAACUGCAACAGUAUGCGGAGGCGGCUGCCGCCCGUGAGUCCAGACACAACUCCCCUAGCACUAACGCGGCACCCGGACACCCGGCCCGGAAAGACAACGCGGCCCCAUUAGCAGCUCGUGGAACUGAGCAGCAGCGAGCAGGGACUCGUGGUACGGCUCCCUCGUCCUCUUCAGCCCUGCCGGCCACCAGCCACCACGUUGACAACCACUCCGUGCUGGACUUAAGAGGCAACAAGCGCAAGUCCACAUCACCUUCCGGCCCGGAGGAGCAGGCCCAUCGGCAGCAGAAGAAGCGGCCACUGCCCACAGCAGUCCAGCCAUACGAAAGUGGGUACCCUGUCUCUGGUGGGUUCACCAUGCCCUCUGUUCCCUUAAACCACAACCUAGCCCACCCAUUUCCUCCCCAAGCAGGCAACUCCUUGUACAUGAGCACAGGCUCCUCCUAUUACCAGCUGCCUAGCUUGCUCUCAGACCCCCACCUGGUGUUUCCUGUGACUACUGACCCUCUGCUGACAGCCGGCACUGCUAGUUCCUCUGCUGCUACCUCAGCCACCGCCAGCGUCCCCUCUUUCAUGUUAAACCCCUCCAUGACGGGGAUGCUCUCCAACUACUCGCUGCCCUUCACGCAGUCACUCCUGCCUGAGCCCAGGAUGUUUGCUCCUUUUCCAUCCCCAGUCUUGCCCAGCAGCCUUCCCAGGAGCAUGGCAUCUGCCUAUCCUGGCUUCAUGUCCCCUCAUUCAGGAUAUCCAGCUGGGGGCCUCCUUCGGUCCCAGGUGCCUCCGUUUGACACCCACGAGGUCUCUGAGGUGGGCUGCAGCUCCAACGAGGAUGAGGACAAAGAUGACGAUGUAAUAGAGAUCACGGGGAAGUAAGGGGCCUAGUCUCUUGUUAGAGCUCAACUCAGCCGGGAGGCAAAAAUAAAUAAACAAAAAACAAAAUCCUCACUGGACCUUUCUGGGGCCAAGGGUUUCCAUCCAGGACACAGCAGAGGUGGAGGAGACUGGAAAGGAAGGUGGCGUUUUUAGUUGUCCGAGAUCUGCAUUGUAUGGGGAACUUGUAUUGAAUGGACCCCCACCCAAGAGUGGGGAAGCAAGAGAGUCGCAGGAGGGAAGUAAUACUGUAAACCAUAGGAGUGCCUCCUUGACUUUCCCUCCUGUGCUCUGAGUUGUCCAAAAGGGAGACCUGCCAUUACGUUUCAGUGCCCUUUGUAAGGCUGGAGACACUGGUUUGUUGUUCUCUCUCUCUCUCUCUUUCUGUCUGUGGAAUAACUCUCAAACACGAACUGCCUUAUCUGUGAAAGUUCAGUACCCCAUAGUAAAUAGGGGGCGAGUUUGUACCCUAGGAGACAUGAUGAUGAAUAGCAUUGUUAAUGGAGGGAGGGAGGUGGGUUUGGAAGGAGCAGGCAAUAUGUAAUGUGUAGGUGGGAGGGUGUGGGUGGGGCAGGGUCUAUGUGAAAACCAGUUUUGUCUUUCAUCCAUCUGAAAGCUGAAGUCUGGUGGUCUUCGCCAGGCCCUCAUCAAGUGGUAUCGGGAGUAAGGGAGAAGCGGUGAUGGGGUGCAGCUCUCCUGCUGCCUUCCCCACAAGAUCCAUUUGAAGGCAGGGACCUUUGUCGCUCAGCUUCACACUGGCUUCUUCAGCAGGGUUGGGUUAGGACUUGUACCAGUCUUUUAGUGAGGUAGUGCUCAGUGGAGGAAUUGCGAGGAUUUUCCUACGUCCCUCUCUAGCUUUUUUGUAGUGGUUACUCUCCCUCUGCCACCCCACCCACUACCGAGGAGCGAGUAGAAGAAAGCUUAGCAGUCAGGCUCCUGUUGACCACAGUAAGUCGAACGUCUUACAAAAGGGAUGCACUCGAGAGCCUUGCUGCUGUCUGUGUUAAUUGUUGACACUGAUCCGACUGACCUUCUCCUUCUGCAGAACAGAUUUGUUAAUUUAUUUAACGAAAACAAACUAUUUAUUUUGGGAUUCUCUUUCCUUUUCUGCUUUUUCCUUGCUGUAAACAAUGGCCUCUACAGAAAGCAGGAUGGCCUGCAUGGGGAAGAAUUGGGGAUGGCAAAUAGGCUGCUUGACCAAAGCAGAGGCAGUGCGCAGGACCAAGAGACAGCACCCCCCCCCAGACACACAGUCAGCUUCCCACGCUUGUUCAGCUGAUAAAACAUCUGACAGCCCUUAUAUUCCUUGUCCCUCUUCAGCUGAACAUGCAGCAACACUGCAGGGGGUUACUUCAGUGUCAGCUGGGACCCUGCUGCUUAGUGUCUAGCAUUCUCCCUUGUACAAAGUAACAGUUAAACUUGCCCUCCGUGUUUGUUGGAGAGAUUGGUUACGCAAGCAGGAUCCCACCACUUAAGUGGAUCGUGAGUAAGAAAGUGGUCAAGCCAUUGGAGAGGCAUGUCCUCUACACUGUGACUAGGCUCUGGUCCAUGCUUGCUCUGUUUAUAUGUUGCCACAAAGGUGUAUAAGGAGAAGCUGUGAGCUCUCAUAGCAGGCUCAAUAAAGGGAGUGAGUUCCAUGGUUUUGGCAGAAAGGCCAGUGUCUGUCUUUCUGCUGGGGGAUGGGAUACAUAUAACAGAGACAGUGGAAUGGUACCCAGAGUCUCUCUUAUAAAGUGGAACCAGGUACUGUCUUCAGGCUUUUAAAGAAUUGCCAUUCCAGGGGAAAAGAGGGCAAGCACUGCAUGUCCCUGGCAGGGAACGAGCGAGAGCGUUGCCAGCCCCCUGUGCUAAGGAAGACUUUUCAGGAUAGUGGUUGAAACCCCAUUCUCACCUUACCUUUGUUAGGUGGUUAACCCCCCCCCAAAUGUGGAAACCUCUCCAUCCUACAGAAUUUGAGAAUUUAGCCUUUGUCCACACUGUUUGAGGUCUACCAAGACUCACAGUUCAAGAGUUAGUGGCUAGGUGAUCCACAUAUUGGUUCUGAAAGCUCUCUCUGUGUAUGUAUGUGUGUGCGCGUGCUUGUAUGAACCGUAAAAAGCAUGAAAUGAUGGGCUUCCUGUCUUUUCUCUGUUUAUGGGACACUGUCUGUCAGACCUGACUUCACCAUUCGUAGAAGCCUUAGAUUUACAGUUAGCUAUGCAAAUUACUUUUAAUUAUUUUAAAAUAAAAACAUUAAAAUAGUGCUUUCUUCUUUAACAUAUCCUAGGAGUUGAAAACCGAGGGGUUCUGAGCAAACUUCUGGACAACUUGUCUUUGGAUGCACCAUGGGAAUAAAAAACAAACAAACACAACCCCCCCACAAAAAUAACAAAGCAAAUUAACUGAUGGUGUCCAUUCGCGUUUCUCCAAAGACUUGGCCAUGGUACGUCUGUGAGUCAUGCCCUUUUGUGAUUUGUAUGUGUCCACCUCAUACAAAAUAUGAUGACACUGAUUGUACUGUAAACUCACUCAGCUGUCUUUUGCAACCCUCGAUAAGUGGACUUUGGGACCGGAUGGUAGGCAAGGUGGGUUCUUGCUUGAGCAGCAAGGUUUUAGAGCUGCUGAAGCCUAAGCCAUUUUUGGAGAAGGAUGUCAUUACUUUGGGCUUCAGGCAGGCUCAGUCUUCAGUGUGUUGGUUUGGGGGCAGCAUAGCUAAUGAUAACCUGAGAUAUCUUGCCAGCUCCUGUCCUCAUUUCAACUGAGUAACGAAUUUUGACAGGACAGGCUGAUACGCUCUGUCCAUUACUUCAAACAGUGCUUCCUUCUGAUUCUCUUGUUCCUUUUGAAGAAUGUACAAAGGGCUCAGGAGGGGUCACUGGACUAGGCAGGUUUUUAGCACAUCCUCACUGUAAUAGAGGGAAUAGAUACAUCUGGGAUUAAGUAAACUAGGCCUUGUAACCACCUUUUAAAUAGGAAUGGGAGGUAGCUAUUAGCUGUAGAAAAUGGUGUGUACACCUGUAAUUUACUACUCUGGCCACUGGAUGGCAGUGUUGCAUCACAUGGAUUAUUUAGGUUUUAAAAUACCUUAUUUUGAAAAACUGGCUUUUGUACUUGGUUAAGAAAGCUAUAAAAAUGUUACGUCUGUCUGUCUAUGCACAUAUCUCUCUCUCUCUCUCUCUCUCUCUCUCUC